AUAAAUCCAACCAACCACUAGACCUCUUUACAUUGCAUACAUUCUACUCGUUUAGACCAUAAAACUCACGAGGGGCUUGCCUUGGUCUGACUCACCCUUCUUUUCCUCUACCUCAGAAAUGUCGCAUUCUCGAGAAACCUCGAAGACCGAUCUCCCUACCCGCGAGAAAGAAUCUAAAGUAGCCGCGGAAAAGAGGAUGGAAAAGAAACCGGCGCCAGAAAAGGCCAUUGGCAAGAAUGAAGCCAAAGCACCACAAUCAAAAGGUGGAAAGAAGAAGAAGGAAGGGGCCCUACUGAUCGGCAUCGACGUAUCCAAGGAUGCAGACUUCCCAGAGUGGUACCAACAAGUUUUGCUCAAGGGUGACAUGCUUGACUACUAUGACAUUUCUGGCUGCUACAUCCUCAAACCAGCGUCGCAAUUUGUCUGGGACGAAGUGCGCGCCUGGUUCGACUCGAGGAUCAAGAAAAUGGGGGUAAAGAAUUGCUCUUUCCCGCUGUUCGUCUCUGAAGAGGUGCUCUCUCGCGAGAAGGACCAUAUUGAAGGGUUCGCAGCCGAAGUUGCGUGGGUGACACACGGAGGCAGCAGCAAACUUGAGAAGAAGAUUGCCAUUCGUCCUACCUCCGAGACUGUCAUGUACCCAUACUAUGCCAAAUGGAUCCAGAGCUACCGUGACUUGCCACUGAAGCUGAAUCAGUGGAACUCGGUGGUUCGAUGGGAGUUCAAGCAUCCUCAGCCAUUCUUGCGAACAAGAGAAUUCCACUGGCAAGAAGGCCACACUGCUCAUCUGACGGAACAAGAGGCAGGCAAGGAAGUCCUCGAAAUCCUAGAUCUCUAUGCCGGUGUCUACGAGCAACUCCUCGCAGUCCCAGUGAUCAAGGGCAGAAAGACGGACAAGGAGAGGUUUGCGGGAGGUUUGUACACGACCACCGUUGAAGGUUACAUUCCAGCGACUGGGCGGGGCAUCCAAGGUGGUACUUCUCAUUGUUUGGGCCAAAACUUCAGUAAGAUGUUCGGUAUCACAGUUCAGGAUCCCAAUGCCAAAACGGAGGAAGAGAAGAAGAACCAGUUGUACGUCUGGCAGAACUCCUGGGGUUUGUCGACUCGAGUCAUUGGCGUUAUGGUCAUGAUUCACGGUGACGACCGGGGUCUUGUCAUGCCUCCCCGUGUCGUCGAAACACAGGUAGUUAUUGUUCCCGUCGGCGUCACUGCCAAAACCACGGAUGAGGAGCGAGAAGCACUUUACGGCGAGAUCAACGGCCUAGUCGAAGUCCUCAAGGCGGCUGAUGUCCGGGCUCUAGCGGAUCUUCGCGAGGGGUACUCCCCAGGGUUCAAAUUUAACGACUGGGAAUUGAAGGGUGUUCCUCUUCGACUCGAAUUCGGUCCCGGUGAGAGCAAGGGUCAUUAUGUGACAACCUCCCGACGAGACUUGCCCAAGGCCGAGAGCAAGGGUCAGAUUGCCAUCAGUGAGCUGAACACUGCCGUUCCUGAACUGCUCGAGACGAUUCAAAAGGACCUGUAUGACCGAGCCAACGCAAAGUACAAGUCUCACAUCAAACAAGUUACCAAUUGGGAUGAUUUUGUGCCAACGCUGAACGAGAAGAAUGUUAUCCUGAUGCCUUUCUGCUUGGCUGAGUCAUGCGAGGAUCAGAUCAAGGACAUGAGUGCACGCAAGGCCGAGGAACAGAGUGGCAUCCCGCAAGACGAACGUGCUCCUAGCAUGGGAGCCAAGAGUCUGUGUAUUCCAUUCGAUCAGCCCGAGGGAAUUGAAAAGGGAGUCACCAAAUGCGGGAACCCCAAAUGCUCAAGUUUUGCUGAGGCAUGGUGCAUGUUUGGGCGGUCGUAUUAGACGAUGGUCGCACCAGAUAGGAUUAGGCGUUUCGACGAUAUAGAGAGAGCGACUUGCAGAUUACGAGUGAGAUGACGAUGAUAUCCCCAUCCUCUACUAGGGCCAUGCAACAUGUAUGCAUGAGAUGACGAAUUUCAGUCUGCUAGAGUCGAUUGCAAGUGUCCUUUCGAUUUCAUGCCUUUCGCAAGUGAUCACAAGACCCCCUGUCAAGCAUGUUUGGAGUAGCUGGACGGGGUUUGACGAGCGUUAUCAAGAUGCAUCAUCUUCGAGGCUGCGUUGCUACUGAUAGGAACAUUUAUUUGGCCAGGAACAGGCUUAGAUCAACCCACACUAUGCA